AUGUCUGCAAGAACAUUGUCGAAACGCGUUAUUGUUGUGGGAAGUGGAUUGGCUGGACUUAGUGCUGCUCACAGCGUGAUCCAAAAUGGAGGAAAAGUCGUUCUUUUGGAGAUGAUGCCAAAGUAUGGAGGAAACUCCAUCAAGGCAUCUUCGGGAAUCAACGGUGCGCCAACCCGGUUUCAGCCCUUGCCCGAUGACAUGUUCUACUCGGAUACAGUGAAGUCGUCAGGUGUGAUUUAUCAAAAUUCGAAUCCACAGAUGAAAAAGGACAGAGAAGAACUCAUGAAGACUUUGGUUGACAAGUCUCAGAGUGCCGUUUACUGGCUUACGGACCACUUCGGCAUCGAUUUGUCAGCAGUGACUCAGCUUGGAGGACACUCGAGACCAAGAACUCACCGGGGGACCGGUAAGCUUCCACCCGGAUUCGCCAUUGUUUCUGCCUUGUGGAAAAAGCUCCAGGAAGAGUAUGCAGAACGAGCAGUUCUAAAAACGCAUUGCCGUGUGACCAAGCUUCUCACUGCCGAAACGGGAGUUGUCGGUGUCGAGUACGAGGACUUGGACACCAAGGAGAAGUUCAAGCUUUACGGACCGGUUGUUUUCACAGUUGGAGGAUUUGCAGGCGAUACUACAGGCCUCGUGAACAAGUACCGGCCGGAUCUUGCAAGCUAUCCAUCGACCAACACCGCCAGACCUCAGUCGAUCGGCCUUUUGAAGGCGAUUGGAGGCCAGUUGCUGGACAUGGAGUCGAUUCAAGUGCACCCGACCGGAUUUGUGAGUCUCGAGGAUCCAUAUGCAAGAAACAAGUUUUUGGCUGCCGAGCUGCUCCGCGGAGAAGGCGGCAUCUUGUUGAAUGACAAAGGUGACAGAUUCGCAAGUGAGAUGCUCAGAAGAGACCAGGUCACGGAGGCUGUGCUGAAGAACUGUGCCGAGGAUGCCAACGAUAAGAUUAGGCAGUGGAAAGUGUGGCUGGUUCUUGAUGAGGGUUCCACAUCGAAGAUCGGAAACAACAUCGGCUUCUAUCAGUUCAAGAAGCUCUUGGCAAAGAAGACCAUCGGCGAGUGGUCCAAGGAAAUUCCAAACAUCAAGCAAAGUGUGAUUCGUUACGCCAAGUUCGCACAGCAGAAGAAGGACACCGACUUUGGCAGAACGAACUUUGGCCGUUGGAGUUUGAAGCCAGAGGAUGUUAGUGAUGAAACUGUCAUUGUGGCCGGUAGAGUUACACCGGUUCUUCAUUUCACCAUGGGAGGUAUCAAAAUUAACACGGAUGCCCAGUUCUUGGAUGUUGAUAACAAGCCAAUUAACGGAAUCUGGGGUGCCGGUGAGAUCACAGCCGGUGUGCACUCCAGUAACAGAUUGGGUGGUUCAUCUUUGCUUGAGUGUGUUGUUUUUGGCAGAAUUGCUGGUCAGCAUGCAAACCACUCUUUGAAAAGUCACAUUUAG